CUUCGACGAUGAGUUCCAGUCUCCUCCUGCUGGUGCUGCUAUUGGGCUCGUCGGUGGCCAGGCCGCAGCUUGGGCUUGGAGACGCCGACAGAGACGCACCGAGAGGAACUAGACGCGGAGGUUCAUCAGACGGAGGAUCACCAAGACAGAGAGGUCAAAGCAGACCAGGCGGCUUCGACGACGGCCGGACCACCACCACCUAUGUAGAUGAUGCGAACAGAAACAGGGGCUCCUCGAAUGAUGGACAAGGUGGCUUUGGCUCCCCGGGUGGUUUAGGUUCUCAAGGUGGCUUUGGCUCCCCGGGUGGUUUAGGUUCUCAAGGUGGCUUUGGCUCCCCGGGUGGUUUAGGUUCUCAAGGGGGCUUUGGUUCACCAGGUGGUUUAGGUUCUCAAGGUGGCUUCGGCUCGCCUGGUGGUUUAGGUUCUCAAGGUGGCUUUAAUUCACAAGGUGGUUUAGGUUCUCAAGGUGGCUUUGGAUCACCAGGCGGUCUAGGUUCUCAAGGUGGCUUUGGUUCACCAGGCGGCUUUGCUCUGCCAGGAGGAUUUGCGUCACAAACUGGUUUAAAUUCCCCCUUUGCUUUCACUAAUACUCCAGACUUACUUAAUGCGUUGAGGGGCUUUGGUUUAACCGACGAGGACUUGGGCAUUGGAGACUCCGGGGACUCCGGUAAUGGAAACAAUCUUGGCUCCCAAGGCUCCCCUACAGGUGGCUUCGGAAACACUGGAUUCCCCGCUGGUGGCUUCGGUAACACAGGGACAAAUACUGGGGGCUUCGGUAAUUCUGGAUUCCCUGCAACCGGGUUUGGUAACUCAGGAACUAAUACUGGUGGCUUCGGUAACUCAGGCUUCCCUGCAACCGGGUUUGGUAACUCAGGAACUAAUACUGGUGGCUUCGGUAACUCAGGCUUCCCUGCAACCGGCUUUGGUAACUCAGGUUUACCUACAACCGGUUUCGGCAAUUCUGGGUUCCCUGCUACUGGCUUUGGUAACUCUGGUUUCGGAAACUCAGGCUUCCCGACAACUGGGUUCGGUAAUUCUGGAUUCCCUGCUACCGGCUUUGGUAACUCAGGGUUCCCUGCUACCAACUUUGGUAACUCAGGGUUCCCUGCUACCAACUUUGGUAACUCAGGGUUCCCUGCUACUGGCUUUGGUAACUCAGGCUUCCCAGCUACCGGCUUUGGUAACUCAGGGUUCCCUGCCACCGGCUUUGGUAACUCAGGGUUCCCUGCCACCGGCUUUGGUAACUCAGGGUUCCCUGCUACCAACUUUGGUAACUCAGGGUUCCCUGCUACUGGCUUUGGUAACUCAGGCUUCCCUGCUACCGGCUUUGGUAACUCAGGGUUCCCUGCUACCGGCUUUGGUAACUCAGGGUUCCCUGCUACCGGCUUUGGUAACUCAGGAUUCCCUGCCACCGGCUUUGGUAACUCAGGGUUCCCUGCCACCGGCUUUGGUAACUCUGGCUUCCCUGCCACCGGCUUUGGUAACUCUGGCUUCCCUGCUACCGGCUUUGGUAACUCUGGCUUCCCUGCCACCGGCUUUGGUAACUCAGGGUUCCCUGCCACCGGCUUUGGUAACUCUGGCUUUCCUUCCAGUGGCUCGUCUAGCGAUCCGGUAAGUAUCUCCCCGAGCGGUGAUACUUCCAACAGUAGCGUUACUAGCGGAGGUUCCCCAAGAAGCACCUCUCUGAAGGAUGCACUCGGGAGCUUAGGACGGAAAACUGGAGGACCCAAACCUAAGACUUCCACGAAGAGCUAAAAAUGGACAUUCAAGAUUUAAAAAGGACUUAAACCAGAUUUGUCUGCACUUUUAUUCGUUCCAGUCUGAUGAUGUAUGGAACCAUCCUACUUGCUCACCCGAAACUACGCUACAUAAGUGGCAGCCAAAAUGGCGUCAGAAUCGACUGAGUCUUUGGCGUUACCAGGAUGGUAGAGCGACCGCCUCGCUUCAUACAGGUCGGCGUUCAAUCCCCGCCCGUCCAAGUGGUUGGCCACCAUUCCUUCCCACAGUCCUAUCCUAAAUACUUAUUCUCAUCCCUUCCAAGUGCUAUAUAGUCGUAAUUGCUUAGUGCUUUCUCCAGCUAAUGAGCUUAUCUCUAACGAUGCCAGAAACGUUCUUCAAUCCCCAGUAAGGGUAAACAUGCAACCGGAUCCUCUAAAACCACACACCCCCGACAUUGUACUUAUUCUUCGCUGUCUUGACUGACGCCACUUAAGGCAUCGACGCUGUGUUAUUUUGUAAAAAACAUUUUAUGUAAGUAAAAUGUGAUUGUU